GGCACAGAGAGGCGUCUGUGCUAAGCCCUUUCUGGAAGCCACGGGUCCAUAAAUCAUACGUAGAGAAAUAUAUAUAUAUAUUUUUUAAAAUUCUGAAUUAUAUUAAAUUUUAAAUUAUAUUUCCCGUUUUCUUCCCCUUUUACCCGAAGUUUUCAAUUCUGAAUUCGGGGAGACAGACUUAAGCAACCGCCCUUGCAAACUAACGGCCGCUUUUCAGAGAUAUUUCCUCAUACUCGGAAUUCCGGAGCCACGAGAGAGAGAGAGAGAGAGAGAGAAUGGGGCGGAAAAAGGUCGAGAUGAAGCGUAUCCAAGACAAGAGUAGUCGGCAGGUGACGUUCUCGAAGCGGCGCAGCGGACUGAUAAAGAAGGCUGGGGAGCUCUCGGUUCUCUGCGACGUCGAGAUCGCUUUGUUCAUCUUCUCCAACCACGGCAAGCUCUACGAGUUCUGCACCGGAGAAAGUUCGGCAAAGAUACUCCAGCGUUAUCAGAGCCACUCCAAGGCAGAAGGAAAGAGUGAAGCAGAGAACCUGAAAGCCAGAACACAGGAACAAACUCAAAUCAAUUCAAUAAUCAAAAGCUACUUUCAUCAUGUCUGCUUCGGCUCUUGGCCAAUAAGUUCCUCUCACUCUUCUAGGCUGAUUUUUAGGUCCAGAUUUGCAAGUGCUCAAACAAGUUCAGAGCUCUCAGAAAUAAUCAGAAGGUACCUGGAAGAGCCAUAUUUGGAGCAGCUUAGUGUGACUGACCUUAGUCGACUAGAAGAGGAAAUUGACGCUGCAUUAGCACAAACAAAAUCCAGAAAGGCACAACUAUUGCUCUCGUCUGUAAUGGCCCUGCAUGAAAAGGAAAGGAUGCUGGUGGAAGAAAAUAAACGUCUGGAGGAAGAGGUAUCAGCAAUGAAGAGCGGUGAAGAAAAGAUGGACAAGAUGAUAGGGUCUGAUCAACUUGAAAAUAGCCAUAUGCAUGAUUCAGAACCACUGAUGCUUUCAGUUGAGCCAUAUGCAUGCGUUCGUUUGCUUUAAGCAGUGGAUCAC